CACAUUGACAUCCCCAAUUGUUUGCACCAAGUGACAAACGUCAAAGUCUGACACGAAGUGUUUGAUAUCUUCUGUAACUUUUAAACCGGUGAUCAACCAUGCUGGAGAAAACCAUCACGGACUUUAACAUUAAUUUUGACACUUUAAAUCAAGGCAACACUUUUUCCAGUGGAGACCUGUUGACUGGUCACAUUUCCUUCAAUCUCUCCAAGGCGACAAAGAUUAGAUCGAUCUCAAUGUGUCUUGCGGGGAAGGUGGACGUCCACUGGACUUCUGGAACUAAAAAACGCAAAAGACAUUACUACGCCAAGAUUGACGUGUUCACUCUCAAAAGCAUGAUUUGGCAACAAGGAGCUGUUGGGAGCAGCGCCAGUCUUCCUCCUGGCAGGCAUGUGUAUCCAUUUACAUGUCAGAUCCCUGAAGGUGACUUCCCAUCCAGCUUUCGUGGGCCUCAUGGACAAAUAUGCUACAAACUGACAGUGGGCAUUGACAGGCCGUGGCGACUACAAAAGGAAUUUGUGACAGAGUUAAACUUUGUAAACCAUAUUGAUCCCAACCAGCCAGGGCUAAUGUCUCCACUUUUUGGCUCCAACAGCAUGAGCGUGUGCUCCCUCAGUUGUGUCUCAGGCCUCGUCACAAUGAGAGCCAACGUGGAAAAGAAAGGCUUCGUGCGUGGUGAAACCAUCAGGAUCAUUUGUGUCUUCAGCAAUGCUUCAUCUCGUACAGUGACUCCUAAAGCCAAACUGAAGCAGAAGCAGCUAUAUUUCACACGUGAGGGAGUCCAAAGGAGUGUGAAAAUUGUGAAAAACCUUGCCUCUGUAACCGAGCUUCCCAUCAGUGCUCACGCCACCGACAUACACACCGAGAUGAUGCUCACCGUUCCUGUUGACUCGCCACUCACCAUCUCCAACUGCAGCCUCCUUCGGGUUGACUACGAAAUUGAGCUCUCCCUGGAUCAAAGUGUUUGCCCAAACCUGACCAUUCUGUUUCCCAUAAUCCUUUGUGAUAUUCCUGAACGUCCACAAGGUUUAGAUUAACCUUUGAAAGCAUCUUCUCAGGGAUACGGAUACAAAAAAGAUGUCCCCAAUCCGAUCACGUAAUCGGAAAUCGAUCAGGUUAUUUGUCAGAGGUUUAGAACCGAGUGAUAAAGAUCAGGUUUUAAACAUUCAUUUAUUUGUUUGUUUGUUUUUAUUGAAAUAAAAUCAGGGCUACAAAACAACACAAUAAUCCAGAGUUACAAGGAUACUGCCAAAAAAUAAACAUACAGUGGGGCAAAUAGGUAUUUAGUCAACUA